GCUGAGGAACACUGCCAGUGGGCCGACUCCCUGACGGAGCUGGACUUAUCCUCCAACCAGCUGACGGAGUCCGUGUUUGAGUGCUUGCCGGUCAAUAUCAAAAGGCUGGAUCUACAGAACAACCAGAUUGCGAGUGUGCCCAAAGGGAUUGCUGAGCUGGAGUCCUUGAGAGAGCUGAAUCUGGCUUCGAACCGUCUAAGCGACCUGCCCGGCUGCAGCAGCUUUCCUGCGCUGGCAGCCCUGAACAUCGAGAUGAAUUCAAUCCUCGCGCCGUCGACGGACUUUGUCGCGAGCUGCCAGCGCGUGGGGGAGCUGCGAGCGGGGCACAACCCGUUCAAGUGCUCCUGUGAGCUGCGGGCCUUCAUCCGCCUGGAGAGGCAGUCUGGGGGGAAGCUGUGGGGCUGGCCCGAGGCCUACGUGUGCCAGUACCCGGAUGACCUGCGCGGAACCGAGCUGAAGGACUUCCACGUGAGCGAGCUGUCUUGCAACACCACCCUCUUGCUUGUGAUCGCGCUGCUCGUGACGCUGGUGCUGGUGGCCAUCGUGGCCUUUCUGUGUAUCUACUUUGAUGCCCCGUGGUACAUUCGGAUGACUUGGCAAUGGACGCAGACGAAGCGGAGGGCUUGGCACGGUUGCCCCAGAGAGCAGGAAGCGGCUCUGCAGUUUCACGCCUUCAUUUCGUACAGCGCGCGCGAUUCUGUGUGGGUCACGAAUGAGCUGAUCCCAAACUUGGAGAAGGGGGAGGGCUGUGUGCGGCUGUGCCAGCACGAGAGGGACUUCAUCCCGGGCAAAAGCAUCGUGGAGAAUAUCAUUGACUGCAUAGAGAGGAGCUACAAGUUGAUCUUUGUGCUGUCUCCCAACUUUGUGCAGAGCGAGUGGUGUCACUAUGAGCUCUACUUUGCCCACCACAAGUUAUUUAGCGACAGCUCCGAUAGCUUAAUCCUCAUUUUACUGGAGCCGAUUCCUCCGUACAUCAUUCCUGCCAGGUAUCACAAGCUGAAGGCUCUCAUGGCCAAGAGAACGUACCUGGAGUGGCCAAAGGAGAGGAGCAAGCAUGCCCUUUUCUGGGCUAACUUGAGA